GCCUACCCGCCCAGCUCCUUCACCACGAGCCAGCCCGCCGUGCUGGUUGUGUGUGGGCCGGGGAACAACGGCGGUGAUGGCUUGGUCUGCGCCCGGCACCUGAAAAUGUUUGGCUACAAGCCAACCGUGUAUUACCCCAAGCGCCCCAACAAGCCCCUCUUUGAAGGUUUGACCACCCAGUGCCAGAAGAUGGACAUCCCCUUCCUCCCCGAGUUCCCGGCUGAGGCUGCACUCAUUGAUGAGCUCUAUGGCCUGGUGGUGGAUGCGAUUUUCGGGUUCAGCUUCAAGGGAGCAGUGCGGGAGCCCUUCGGCAGCAUCCUCAGCACCCUUGAGCGGAUCACGGUGCCCAUCGCCAGCAUUGACAUCCCCUCGGGCUGGGACGUGGAGAAGGGGAAGGCAGACGGUCUCCAGCCCGACAUGCUCAUCUCACUCACGGCACCCAAGAAGGCAGCAAUGCAUUUUGCUGGCCGCUACCACUUCCUUGGCGGCAGGUUUGUGCCCGCCGCGCUCCAGGAGAAAUAUGCUUUAAACCUGCCACCAUACCCUGAGACAGACUGCGUCCAGCAGCUGACUUAGGACUGGGGCUCAGCAAGGCUUGGGGUGCCGGGCUAGGCUUUGGCAAAGCAGAUCAGGGCCUAAUUCUGCCAAGGCUGCAGCUUUCUACUAGGAGGAUGCUCAGCACCUCACUGGGCUACAGUCCUACC